GCGGUGUCUGGUGGUCGGUCGGUCGGUCGGUCGGUCGGCUGUGGGUGGGAAGGUGGGGGCGGUCGCCCUCCCCGGGCAGCCGCCAUGGCGGAGGCGGAGGCGGCCGGCGACGCGGGGCUGGGUCCGGCCGCGGCCCAGGAGGGCGCGGAGCUGGCGGAGCUGGCGGCCGUGAUCGGCGCCACCGUGCCCACGGGGUUCGAGCAGACGGCGGCCGAGGAGGUGCGGGAGAAGCUGGGCUCGGCCUCCAGGAUCAGCAAGGAUCGGGGCAAGAUCUACUUCGAGGUUCCGGCCCGGAGCCUGCCUCAGGUCCAUCGUCUGAGGUCGGUGGAUAAUUUAUUUGUUGUUGUUCAGGAAUUCAAAGACUAUCAAUUUAAGGAAAAUAAGGAAGAUGCUCUAAAGGAUUUGGAAGAUUUGGUUAAAAAGCUACCCUGGACCGAUCCGUUGAAAGUUUGGGAGUUGAACAACAGCUUGAAAAAGAAAAAGACAAAACGCAAAAAACACAAUCUGCAGAGUCCUGCAAGCAGAGGGAAGCUGAGUGAUGGUGGAGAAGAGGGAGGAGCAGAGCAAAAUAACCCUAAUGACCAGGAGGACUGUGCCCAAAGCCCUGUGGCUGUGGAAGCCGCUGGUGGCCAGGAUACAGAGCAUCCCCAAGGAGUGACAUCCAGAAACGGGGUGGAGGAGGAGGAGGAGGAGGAAGACGGUGAGCAGGCAGAUGGGAGAGCUGAAGCGCAGGCGAGCUCUGAGAGCGGGAGCAAGGCUGGCGAGGGCCAGGCGGGCGAAGGAGAGGCCAAGGUGCUGCGGUUCCGAGUGACGUGCAACAGGGCUGGGGACAAGCACAGCUUCACCUCCAACGAGGCCGCCAGGGACUUCGGUGGAGCCGUGCAGGAGCACUUCCAGUGGAAAGCUGACAUGACCAAUUUUGAUGUGGAGGUUCUUCUGAAUAUUCACAGCAGUGAGGUGGUGGUGGGGAUUGCAUUGACUGAAGAGAGUCUCCACAGACGGAAUAUCACACACUUCGGACCCACCACGCUGCGUUCCACUCUGGCUUACGGCAUGCUCAGACUCUGUGAUCCCCAGCCCACAGAUAUCAUAGUUGAUCCCAUGUGUGGUACAGGUGCGAUACCAAUAGAGGGAGCUGCAGAAUGGCCCUGCUGCUACCACAUUGCAGGGGAUAACAACCCUCAGGCAGUGAAGAGAGCAGCAAACAACAUCAGCUCCCUACUGAGGAAAAACGAGAGUAAGGACAGCAGCGCUGCCCUGGGCGCUCCCCUGGACGUCAUCCAGUGGGACAUCUGCCGGCUGCCGCUGCGGACGGGCUCCGUGGACGUCGUGGUGACGGACAUGCCCUUCGGGAAGCGGAUAGGGUCGAAGAAGAAGAACUGGGACCUGUACCCAGCCUGCCUGAUGGAGAUGGGCCGGAUCUGCACCCCAGGGACAGGCAGGGCUGUGCUGCUCACCCAGGACAAGAAGUGCUUUGCCAAGGCGCUGUCGCGCGUGGGACACAUCUGGCGCCGAGCCCAGACUGUGUGGGUGAACGUGGGGGGACUGCACGCUGCCGUGUACCUGCUGAGGCGCACCCCGGAGCCAGCACAGGACACCAGGCCCUUCUGGUGAGCUGCCUGCAGCACAGGAGACACCCCGGGCUCUUGGAUAGCCGGCUGCUAAAGCAGAGCAGCGGUCUGUCAGUUCCAAACCAAACAACCUGUGGAGAAAUUGUCACACAAAUAUUAAACCAGGGAUCAACUUGAGAGCUGCCAGUUCCACUGUGUGUUCUGAAACCUUAUUUGAAUCACCUCUGCUCCCUUCUACCCAAGCUGAAAUUCAUUAGUGAAUUAGUAAUUCUUUCCUUGGCUUGAA